AUGAAGGCGCUGAGCGGCCGCUUUGUGUUGGAGAAGGUCGUGACGGUCGCGGGCGAUGUGGUGUGGGGCAGGCCAACAGGCCAACAUCAUGCGUGUCUGCCGCAGCUGGUGGCGUACGUGGAGCAGCGCUACAAGCUCUCCCCUACGCUAAUGGUGAAGGCGACGCUGGAGUACGAGCAGCGAGUACAAGUGUGUGACCACCGGCAAGAUGGAAAUCGGCAUGAACGCGGAGUCACCAGUAAGAUGCAGAAAACCGUGGUGGUCGCGCUGCUUGAUCUGGCGCCGAAGGUGUUCGAGGUGUUCGAUGAGGUGACCAUCCUGAACGAGGGCGAGAUGAUGUGCCGCGGCCCACGCAAGUAA